AUGAAGAGAUUGAUUCCAUUUGAACUCAUCUUGAUUACUUUUGGACUCUUUAUCACUAAUUGUGAUGCUGCUCAACCAAUUCAAGUUCAUUCUCUAUCUAUGUUCAAAGAAGGCAUAUUUGAUGAUCCGUUAUCGGUUUUAUCAAGCUGGAAUGCAUUAGAUUCAGAUCCUUGUAACUGGGUUGGUGUUUCCUGUUCUGGAGAUCAAGUGACCAAGCUGAACAUUUCUGGCUCAUCUAUAACGGGAUUCAUUGCUCGGGAGCUGUUUCAGCUUUCUUCCUUACAAGAACUGAUUUUACAUGGCAACAAACUCAUUGGUUCAAUACCAAAAGAAAUUGGAUCACUGAAGGACCUGAAAAUUCUAGAUUUGGGGAUGAACCAGAUAUCUGGACCGAUUCCUCAUGAAAUCGGGAAUUUGGUUAGCAUUGUUAUAAUAAACCUGCAGUCGAAUGGAUUGAUUGGACAAUUGCCUUCGGAGCUUGGAAAUCUUAAGAACCUUCGAGAGCUUCGGUUGGAUAGAAAUAAGUUGCGAGGAUCCGUUCCGGGUGCCAAUGCUUCGGAUUUUGUUUCCAACAUGCAAGGAAUGUAUGCCUCAAAUGCGACUAGAUUAGGUUUUUGUCGUUCGGCUUCCUUAAAAGUUGCAGAUUUCUCGUACAACUUCCUUAGUGGGAGCAUACCUAAGUGCUUGGGGUACCUCCCUAGGACGAGCUUUCAAGGGAAUUGUCUACCAUAUAAAGAUAUCAAACAACGAACUUCCGAACAAUGUGGUGUGGCUCCACCGGCUAAAUCCCAUAAAUUCGGAGAGACGAAGCACCAUCCUGCUACAGAUGCAUACAACCAAUCGGCUUCUGAUUCGAAACCGUCAUGGGUUCUAGCUCUAGAAGUAGUGACCGGAAUAAUGGUCGGUUCUCUCUUUCUUGUUGCCCUUUUCACAACGUGUCAUAGAUGCAAAAACAAACCGUCAAUUAUCAUCCCUUGGAAGAAAUCCGCAAGUGAAAGAGACCAUAUUGCAAUCUUUACCGAUCCGAAUAUGUUGAAGGACGUGAUGAGAUACAACCGACAUGAACUUGAAGUCGCAUGUGAAGAUUUUAGUAACAUUAUCGGGUCCUCAUCGGAUAGCCUAGUUUACAAAGGCACCAUGAAAGGUGGACCGGAAAUUGCGGUGAUAUCUCUUUGCAUCAAAGAAGAGCAUUGGAGUGGCUAUCUUGAGCUCUAUUAUCAGAAAGAGGUGGCAGAUUUAGCAAGGCUAAAUCAUGAGAACACCGGGAAACUGCUGGGCUAUUGUAUAGAUGAUACUCCAUUUACAAGAAUGUUGGUUUUUGAAUAUGCAUCAAAUGGGACAUUGUACGAGCACCUCCAUUAUGAAGAAGGAUGCCAACUAAGCUGGACAAGAAGAAUGAAGAUUGUUAUAGGUAUUGCAAAAGGUCUAAAGUAUCUUCACACGGAAAUUGAACCACCGUUUACCAUAUCCGAGCUGAACUCUAGUGCGGUAUAUCUCACAGAAGAUUUUUCACCGAAGCUAGUCGAUUUUGAAAGUUGGAAAACGAUUCUUACAAGAUCGGAAAAUAACUCACGAUGUAUUAGCAACGAGGGUGCUGUUUGUGUUCUCCCGAGUUCAUUGGAAGGACGGCAGUUAGACAUCCAGGGUAACAUUUAUGCUUUUGGUGUUCUUCUGUUGGAAAUAAUCAGUGGACGUCCGCCGCUUUGCAAAGACAAAGGAUGCUUGGUAGAUUGGGCUAAAGAUUAUCUUGAAAAACCUGAAGAGAUGGCUUCUGUUGUAGAUCCUGCACUUAAACACUUCAGGGAGGAAGAUCUGAAGGUGAUAUGUGAAAUAGUUUCCAUUUGUAUUCAUUUAAGGCCUCGAGAUCAAGUCUCGAUGCAAGAUUUGUGCGCGAUUUUGGAAAGCAAAAUCGAUACUUCGGUUUCUUCAGAGCUCAAGGCAUCUUCUUUAGCUUGGGCAGAGCUUGCUCUUUCCUCUUGAUCCCAGCUCUAAAACCUAACAAACUGUAAAUUAAAGAUAUAUAUUAUACGUAUACGUAUGUGAUAUUGUCGAUACCGGGUCAAAGAUUGUUGCUCGAUUGAUUUCGUUCGAUGAGUUUUAUGUAAAUUUUUGUCGUAGCGUAAGAGUGUAGAGUGAGUUCCGUGCUGACAAAACUCGGUGUCUUUGUAUUAACAUCUUUCGGGUUUUUUAGUAAUGAAAUGGAUGAGGAUUUGUUGAA